AAGCGUUAUAUCUUCUGGCCCUUUUACCACUUCCUACCGUCUUCAUGCGCAAUCCAAAUCCCUCUCAGAAACCCAUAUCGCCUUUCUAUGAUAUCACCUCUUCGCACGUAUUAUAAUUUACUUCACUCUACCAUUCUACACCGCGCACUUCCGUGCGUUAACGCACAUUUCAGAUAUUCCUAUCCACUUUGGAAAUCUGACUUUGUAACAGUGCUUAGUGAAACUGAAUCAUAUUAUUAUAGAACAUAACGUAGGACUUUCCUACGAGCCACUACAUGCAACUAUAUAAACUGUAUCUUCCAACGCGCAUUACUAUGCGUACAGAGCACUCUAUAGGAAUCUACGUUUAAAGCCAUACUAUUAUAUCGGUCGGUAAAGAAGAUAAACGUAUGUAUCAUUUUAUACAUUACCUUCUUUUCCGUGAAUUUUUAACGUAAUUCGUAAGUGCUUCGUGAUAUUGUAGAAAACGUAUACGUGAGAGAAUAUAUAUUAUUUUUCUAAUAAUACUGUUCGAAAAGGUUUCGGUUGACAAUGGCCGAACUUCUUUUGGAUUCAAAUAUUCGUGGAUGGGUAUUUCUACCCAUAGUCGUCAUUACAUUUCUAGUAGGAAUUAUUCGACAUUAUGUUUCUAUAUUAUUGGCUUCGCAGAAAAAAGUGGAAGUCCAUCAAGUACAAGACAGUCAAGUGAUGAUACGAUCUAGACUUCUUAGAGAAAAUGGUCAGUAUAUUCCUAAAUUUGCAUUUAUAAUGAGACGACAUUUCUUCAAUAACGAAGAAACAGGAUACUUUAAGACACAAAAACGUGCACCUGUAUCGCAAAAUCCAAUGACUGAUCCUAACAUGAUGACAGAUAUGUUAAAAGGAAAUGUAACAAAUGUUUUGCCAAUGGUCCUUAUAGGUGGUUGGAUAAAUUGGAUGUUCUCUGGAUUUGUUACAACUAAAGUCCCAUUUCCUUUAACAUUAAGAUUUAAACCAAUGUUACAACGAGGCAUAGAAUUAGUCACUUUAGAUGCUGCAUGGGUUUCUUCUGCAUCUUGGUACUUCUUAAAUGUAUUUGGAUUACGUUCUAUCUAUACUCUUGUACUUGGUGAAAAUAAUGCUGCCGAUACAUCUAGACUUUUACAAGAUCAAGUGUCGGGUGCAGCAAUGUCGAUGCCACCAGAUCCAAAAGCAGCUUUUAAAUCUGAAUGGGAAGCUUUAGAAAUAUGUGAACAUAAUUGGGCAUUACAAGGAGUAGAUACAGAUCUUACAGGACCUCAUAGUAGGCUAGAUACAAGUGAUAGUAUAUAUCAUCAAAAUAAAACUUAAUAUUCUACUAGGCUAAAAAUAAAUGUUUUCAUAAAAAAUAUAGUAUAUUCUGAUGAAAUACUGUGAAAAGUUCAACAUGUUUCUAAAAACAUUAAAUUAACGAUUUAUAUCACAUAAUUAAUAUAAUAUGAAUAAUUUAUAGUAAUUUAAAAGCAUUGUAGUAAAUUCUAUUAUAUCCAGUAUAAAUAUCUACCUAUCAUUUAAAUAAAUCAUUUUAAAUACCAAAGCAAUUUAUAAUAAAAAUCACGAUUUUUGACAUCUUA